AUGAUAGAAGAGAAAAUGAGAUAUUCUGUUCUUUCACAGAUUCAUUUUAAAAUUUUAAAAGGACAUUCGGCAGCUGUGACCUCCUGUCAUUUCUGUUUUGAUGAUACAAAAAUUCUUUCUGCCUCUUAUGACAGCACAGUGAAACUGUGGGAUAUUGCCCAUUCUAUCUCUAUUCAGACCUUUAUGGGUGAGCAUACUGGACCCAUUUCUGAAUGCUGCCUGAGUCCUGAUAACAAAAGGUUGAUAACAGCAUCAUAUGAUAAAAGUCUAAAGGCCUGGGAUACUGAAACAGGAAAAGUGCUUGCCUGUUCAUGGGAGCCGGCUCUUCCCUGCCGGCUUCUGUGCGCAUCUCCUGAUGGAGCCGACGCUCACCUAGGCCGGCACCUCCCGAGCAGGGAGUGGAUGCUGCGAAGCUUUCCACGGGCUCCUCCUCCGCCAGCUCCCCAUCAUUUGGAUUGCGCGGUUUGCCUGGUGUCAAAAAUGAUAUCCGAAUGGGUGUCAAGGCAAGCCUCCCUGGGGAGGUCAUUCCAUAAGAAUGUGUUUUGGACCCUAGAGCAGGAUGGCCUUGUAACUUCAUGUCAUAUUUCUCAUGAUGGUAAAUAUGUUGCCUCUGGUUCAGAUAUGGAAAAUGCUUUAUUCAUCUGUAAUACAGAAGAUGCUAAAAAGGUGGCGUACAUUAGAGAGUAUCAUAAAAGCACAGUGAAAAGAUGCCGUUUUGAUCCUCGCAACCAACGAAUAGCUACAGUAUCAUCUGACAAAUCUAUAAAAUUCUGGGAUAUUAAAGCACAGUCUGCCACAGUCACAAUUGAACGGGCACACAGCAAUGCAAUUUCAGAUUGCCGUUUCUCCUUAGAUGGUCAUUAUUUGUGCACCGCAGGUUGGGAUGAAGUCAUAAAGUUAUGGGAUAUCAGAACAGGGGAGUUCCGUUCUCAUGGGCCCAUUAUUUUGGACCAAGGUCAUAUAGGUAUCGUUGGCUGCUGUGAUAUUAGUAAAGAUGCAUCACUUGUGGUGUCUGGAGGUUAUGACAAAACAAUCAUUAUCUGGGACUCACAAGAGGCAUAUAAAAAGCUAAGUUUAAAGGGUCAUACAGAUUGGGUGACAGACAUUGCAAUCAGUAGUGACAAGAAGUGGCUUGUUUCUUCUUCAAAGGACUGUACUUUGAGAGUUUGGGACAUUGAAAAGGCUAAUGACAUACCUGUGGUAAUACAAGCCAUAAAAACAAGAGGCUCCAAGAUAGCUAAGUGUGACGAAUGUAAGAAGUCUUUCCUGAUCUUCCAGAAUGAUGAAGACAAAGUAGAAACCAAGUGUGUUUUCUGUCGACUGGCAAUUCAUGACCAGACUGUUUUACCAGUGCCCCCUCCUUUGCCUCCUGAUUUCUAAAGGAAUCGGGAACAGACAGAUUGUUAAAAUGCUCAUUUUUUUUUUUAAGUGUAUGACUGUAAAGUGAUAAAAAUUAUUUGCCUGCAUACACAGAACUCAGAAUUUGAAGGAUUCACUGUGUCCUACUAGUUGACAAGCAUAAAAUAAAAAUCAGUACUACCUAAUGUAUUUACACAUCUAGUUCAAUACGGCUCUCACUAAAGUGUAAUUUAAACUUUCAUCCUUGAGGUGAGAGAACAAAAGUCAUAUGAAUCUAGUAUGGAACACAUGUACAGAAUUUAACAGUGUAGGUCCAGCUGAGAGGUAAAACUUGUAAUUCUAAAAUAUAUUUAUUAGAGCAAUCAAAAUGUCACAAAAUAGUGUGCAAACCAUGAGGUUUCCAUCUGGUCAAAGUCUCUAGAUGGAAUGUGGGAGAAUGUAAUAGACAUUCAAAUGAGACUCUUAUGUGCUAUGCAGGUUUCAGGUUGCAUAUUAUUUAACAGAGCCUAAUUUGAAUGUCUGCUAUCUCUCCCACAUUCAGUUUUGAGAUUUUGACCAGUUGCAGACCCUAUGACUUUUUCACAGCCAAGUUUUUUUCUUCCCUCCACCCUUUUGUUUACCACCUAGCCUAAUUUAUUAUUUAUUACUUUUAUUUAGCAGGAUUUAUAUGCUGCUUAAUCAUCCAUAACCUCAAAAUGGUUUACAUAGAAUAUAAAAUGUUCAUUUAAAAACAUUGAUAAAAUCAAAUGUUAAAAGCAAGUUAACCUAAAAUGUAUCAAACAAUAAGUAAUAUAAAUAAAAUCAGCAGUUGUUAAAAUAUACAUAAUAAAAUAAAAUUGCUUGUUAAAAUCAAAUGUCUUGGUAGGCUUGUGUAAACAAAAAGUCUUUAGCAGGCACUGAAAAUAAUAAAGUGAAGGUGCCUGCCUAAUAUCCAUGGGUAGAGAGUUCCAGAGAAGAAUAUCUGCUGUCACAUGGAAAAACUGAUUCCUUGCAAGUGUCAAAGUGUUGUUCUGGAGAACUUGAAAGCUUGCACACAAUUUUCUGGCAUUUUGGUUGACCUAAUACAGAUUUUGGAAUUUUUCUUACAGGCCAAUAUGGCUACCUUUGUUUUGAGCGUUGGAAAUGUGUUCAUAUUUAGUUGCAUUUGUAAAUGUAGAUACAUACAUGUGUAUGUGUGUAGACUGUUAGAGUUAAGGAACACAAGAAUCCUUUUUUUAAAAUUAGGAGUACUGCUGUGUCUUGCUGCAGAGCUUCUUUCUCCAUCAGUUCACAGGCCUAAAUCUCAUGGAAGACUACAGGAAAUAUUGUCUGCCAAUUGCUCUUCUCAAUUAUUUGCAGAACUUUUUCAGGCAGUGAGUAAAAGUUGUAUAACAGAAACAAAUAAGCUUAGUAAGUAUGAAAUAUUCUGUUACCAGCUCAGUAACAGAAGACUGUCUAGUAGUAAUGUUUUUGAAUUCUGGGUCUCUUUUCUCAGAAAUGCAUUUGAAUUUACAUUUAUGUUUAUAAGAGAUUUAUGGUAGAAAAAAACCCCUAGCCUGAUACGCAGUUGCUUUUAAGGGUACCUUAAUAAUGAUAUAUAUCUGUAAUUGUCAUAGAGUUUUGAGUUCUGUAAAUGGUAUAACUUUCUCUAAACCUCCAGUGUAUUU